AUGGCUCGGGCUCGCGGAAUACCGCAAGCCGGGCCGCGAGCUGUUGUGGGCCGCGCCCAAUUCCGCGAGGCUGCUGGAGUGGGUUUGAUAAUGGUAAAAGAGGUAGAUAUAUUGGGUUCACCGCAAUGUCGACUGCUCAUUUAUCUUGUAAUUGCCAUUGCUUGUUAUGCAGAAGAGAGACAAAUAUAUUUGGUUUUAAUGGAAGGCGAUCCGGUUGCAUUUCAUCGAGGUUCAAUGCCUCCUGAGCAAGGAAGAAAAUUUGAUCCAAACAGUGAAGUCUGUAAGGCCCAUGCAAAGCACUUGGUGGAUUCUCAUUACCAACUGCUACAGAGCACUCUCGAAACGGGGAGUUACAACAAGCUUUACAGCUUCAAACACAUUGUCAAUGGCUUUGCUGUCCACACAACCCCUUCUCAGGUUAAAAAAAUCAAAUACGCUCCGGGAGUGAAGUUGGUAGAGAGAGACAGGAAAGCGAAAUUGAUGACUAGUUACACCCCUCAAUUUCUAGGGUUACCAGGAGGAGUUUGGGCACAAGAAGGGGGAGAUAGAAAUGCAGGGGAAGGGAUUGUGAUUGGAAUAAUUGACACGGGCAUCAAUCCACAACACCCGAGUUUUGCUUAUGAUCCUACAAAUCCUUUCACCUCAAAUCUUUCUCGAUUUUCUGGUGCAUGUGAGGAAGGUCCUCGAUUCCCCACCAAUUCCUGCAAUGGUAAGAUAGUUUCUGCAAGGUUUUUUGCGGCUGGGGCUCAAGCUGUUACCACUCUCAAUGCCUCAUUUGACUUGCUCUCACCCUUUGAUGCAGUUGGACAUGGCAGCCAUGUAGCUGCAACUGCUGCUGGUAAUUUUGGAGUUCCGGUUGUGGUGAAUGGUUAUUACUAUGGGCGAGCUAGUGGAAUGGCGCCACGCGCAAGAAUUGCUGUGUAUAAGGCUAUAUAUCCAAGUUUGGGAACUAUAACAGAUGUUGUUGCCGCAAUUGAUCAAGCAAUACGAGAUGGAGUGGAUAUCCUAACACUCUCCAUUGGACCAGAUGAACCGCCAGAAGAUACACUCACAUUCUUAAGUGUGUUCGAUAUUUUCAUGUUAUUUGCGCAAAAGGCUGGAGUUUUCGUGGUGCAAGCUGCAGGUAAUCAGGGGCCAACUCCUUUCACUGUGGUAUCUUAUAGUCCUUGGGCUAUGGGUGUGGCUUCUUGCAGCACGGACAGAGUAUAUUCUGGUACCCUAAUCCUUGGCAAUGGUCAAAGAAUCGACGGCGUGGGAUUGUCAGGACCAAGCUUUGGUGAUGGGUUAUUGCAAUAUAAGUUGGUGUUAGCUAAAGAUGCAGUUAAGGUAAGUGGGACAUUCCCAAGAACUCCGGAUUACAUAGAGGAGUGCCAACAUCCAGAAGCACUCGACUCCAUUAUUGUGCGAGGUAGCAUUGUCAUCUGCACAUUCUCAGCCGGCUUUUACAAUGGGACUUCGACUGUCACAGCCAUUAUCGAGACAUCAAAGGUUUUAGGAUUCAUGGGUUUUGUGCUGGUGGCAAACCCAGUCUAUGGCGAUUUUAUUGCAGAACCCGUUCCUUUCUAUGUUCCUGGCAUAAUGAUCCCAAAAACAAAUGAUGCCAAGAUCAUAUCGCAGUACUAUGAACAGCAAACACACAGAGAUGAGAAAGGAUUUGUGAUGAGUUAUGGCGGAAGAGCAGCCAUAGGCGAGGGAAGAGCUGCUUCAUUCACCGGGCGAGCCCCUAUUGUUAGCAGAUUCUCUUCAAGGGGACCUGAUUUCAUUGACAAGAGCAGGAAUCCUACUGAUGUGCUGAAGCCUGAUAUUUUGGCUCCAGGACACCAAAUUUGGGCAGCUUGGAGCCCCAUGAGUGUCUUAAAUCCCAUCCUAUCAGGAUACAACUUUGCUCUAUUGUCUGGCACAAGCAUGGCCACACCUCAUAUUGCAGGCAUAGCUGCACUGAUCAAGCAAAACAAUCCGUCAUGGACUCCGGCUAUGGUUGCUUCGUCAAUGUCAACCACUGCCACCAAGUAUGACAAUUCUGGAGAACCCAUAAUGGCUGAAGGAUCUGAUACCAGUAGCUUGUAUCCCUCCACUCCUUUUGAUUUUGGCGUCGGCCUAGUCAGUGCAACCCGUGCCACCAAUCCAGGCCUUGUCUUACCAACAGGGUACGAGGAUUACAUUAGCUUCAUGUGCUCUCUACCCAACAUUGACCCAGCAACAAUCAGAACUGCAACUGGAGGAACAUGUAAGCAGUCCUUUAGCGCGCCAUCUGAUCUGAACAUCCCUUCAAUUACAAUAUCAGCACUGGUUGGAUCUCGAUUAAUUCAAAGGACCGUGAAGAAUGUUGCAAGCAUGCCGGAGACAUACUUGUGCUCGGUGCUACCACCAACUGGGGUACUGGUGGAGUUGAACCCAACUUGGUUUAGAGUAGCCCCGCAAGGAAGUCAGGUUCUGGAAAUAAAAUUGAGUGUGAAUCGAACACUCGAUGGAUUCAGUUUCGGUGAGAUUGUUUUAACAGGAAGUUUGAAUCACAUUGUGAGAAUGACCUUAUCAGUUAUGCCAGUCUCGAUAUCCUAAGUGUAAGGAGGUAUGGAUUUGUUUCACCACUCCGAUGAGUCAUGAGUAUUGGUUCAGACAAACGCAAACGCAAACAUUACAGUAGAUCUAUAAAACUCAU